GAUCCCGGAACGGGUAGACGCCAUCUUUGAAGUUAGGACAGAUAGUUCAUUGAUAAUUAAAUGAAGAGGUAAAAGAAGAUUAUAGUGAUAUUUUGUGUUAUUUUGUGUGUUGUUGUCAAUCUUUGAAAUAGUUGAAAUACUUAUUAUCGAACAAAGGUGCAAUGUUAUGUGUUUAAGUGGCAGAAAAGGGGUUUACUCGCCUUUUCUUUUAGCCUAGUAAAUUCACUAUCUGUCGUCUGUUCUGUGUACUAUUAAGGGAAUUUGUGUGCAGUAACUUAUUUUGUGGAGAACUUUUACUGAAAAUUCCUAGUGUGUUACUGUUAUAAUGAAUCGGCAACCUUCCGCGAAAAAUAAUGUGCCGGACGAAUUACGUGAUGUUUUAUUAGAGUUUACAAUUAGUUAUCUUUUGGAACAACCUCCUGAUGUUCUUGAUUAUGCAGUUGAAUUUUUUACUAAACUGAGAGACAACAGGACGACCAUAGUAAGACCACCACCCAGAGCAGCAUCACCAGAUGAUUCUGUAAUAUCUAAUGAAGAAGAUGAUGAACCCCCGGUACCCCGAUUUAACACCAGGCGGAAGUCGGUGUUUGCAGAAGCGUAUGACCCAGAAGCUGACGACGAUGACACACAGAAGGUUGUAUUCCCCAAGUCUGACGAGCAGAGGCAAGGGCUGGCUGAGAGUGUCAAGAAAAUAUUAUUGUUCAGGUCUCUAGAUAAGGAACAAAUGCACGAAGUGCUAGACGCAAUGUUCGAGAAGAGGGUGAAGGAGGGAGACUAUAUAAUCAAGCAGGGAGAUGACGGUGACAACUUUUAUGUCAUACAGACAGGGACUUACCACGCGUACGUGAAGCUGGACGAUGGGACUCAGAAGCUGAUACACACGUACCACGACAAGGGCAGUUUUGGGGAGCUGGCACUGUUGUACAACCAGCCUCGGGCAGCCACCAUUCAGGCAGGCUCCGAAGGCUCUCUCUGGGCCCUGGAUCGUCAGACUUUCCGCCGCAUCAUUCUCAAGAGCGCAUUCAAGAAGCGGAAAAUGUAUGAGUCACUCAUCGAUUGUGUGCCAAUGCUCAAGACACUCCAGUCGUACGAGAGGCUGAAUCUGGCAGACGCUCUGAUUCCUCGCACCUACGAGGAUGGAGACCUCAUCAUCAAGCAAGGGGACGCAGCUGACGGUAUGUACUUCGUGGAGGCCGGAACCAUCAAGAUAACCAUCUUCAAUGAGGACGGAAAGGAAGUACAGGUAAAAGAGAUCAAGAAAGGCGGGUACUUCGGAGAGUUGGCUCUGGUCACCCAUAAGCCUCGAGCCGCGUCUGCGUACGCUGUUGGCACCACCAAGUUGGCAUUCCUAGAUGUUGAAGCGUUUGAACGGCUACUUGGCCCGUGCAUGGAGAUUAUGAAGCGGAACAUAGACGACUACGAGAGUCAGCUGGAGAAGAUAUUCGGCUCCAAGCACAAUAUUACCGAUGUGCGAUGAAGUCGCAGUCUCAGCCCCGCGUAGACACCCACACCACUGACAGACAGUUCCGGUUCAAGUUUUCACCAAAUUAGUGUCAUCAUAUCAAAUCUGUUUAGUUAAAUGUUGGAUUACCGGUCUCUGACCACUGUUUGAGUUGAUGCCUUUUGUAGCGUCUUUUUCGUGUAGGAUGGCGUUGUUCGUGAGGAAAAUGUUUUUGGACUUAAUGUCCGUAACGUUGAAAAUAAAUUAAUUUUACAAAUUGUAAAUAAGUUUAUUUGUAGUUUUAUCAUAAUUUUUAGUUGAAAAUUAUUUAAAACAGGAAAGUAAUUUAGAGGGAAAUCUUCAGUAGGCCUAUCUGAAGAAAAAUGGACAAAAUAUUUAGAUGGAAUUACGAUCAGACUUGUUUCUUGCCUUAUGUAAACAUUUAUCUGAUUUUUCGGUAAAUAUACAGUAUAACUUCAUUUAUCUGAAAAAAAUAAUUGAACUAUUGAAACUAUUAUCAGACUAAAAAUAUGACAAUUAGAAAUAUGAUUUUAAUUUUUUUUUAUUUCUAAAAGAAAAUAAUACAAGUCAGAACGGGUAUGAAAUGAAUUACAUAUUGAGUGAGUGUGCUGCCCUGUGUAGUCUUGUUACUAUAUAAUUUCAACCGAUCCUUAGAGAGGUCGUUAAUUAAUCGACUGGUCACCAUAGAAACUAAGAAACCUACAGAUUUAUGUGGAAUCUGAACUACUUACACAGUAGUCUGAAAGUUUGAUACUUCUCUAGUAGUGUUCAUGGUGAUUGACGUUUGUUAACAUGUAGACGUUAGAGUCAAUCUCUGUCAUAUCAAGUAUCUAGCUAACGUAGUAGCUUUAACUUGUUAGCCUGCUAGUUAACAAACCCCUGAACCACAGAUGCUGUCCACAUUUCACUAGGAAAAGUAGUGCAUGCAUUAGUAAUGAUAUUAAAUCUCUCCCUGUGAUCAGUCCAAGUGUAUGCAGUUUUAUUAAUUUAAUAAUAAUAAUAAAACCUUACGUACAAAAGUGUUUAUUUCUCAAUAAUGAAAUAACUAUACUUGUUUACUUGAAAGACCAGUGUGGGGGCACAUACUAGGGUGUCUGUUGCCCGCAUUUUUACUGAAUUUACUAGAUGACUUGUUACUCGCUGACAACAAUUAUAUGUCAAAAUUUGCGUUGAAUAUACUGUCAGUUUUUUUAUUCUGGUAAUUAUUAUGUAACCAGUAAAGCACGUAAGAGACAGCACGGUAUUUUCCUGAGAGAAAAUCGUCUUUGUAAUUCAUUUAAUCACUACUCGCUAGUACUUCGUCAGCUCACAUCGUUCGAUUGGAGUUUUAGGAGAGGAGGCCAAAUCUUUGCAAGAAUCACCGCCCCACGUUAUCUCGGCAAACACUCACAUAGAUAUACAAUUGAUUUAUUUUCAGACGACAACACCGUGCAGAGAAUGUAAUCAUACUCUAAAAAUAUGUUUUUGUUGGUUGAAUUAUUGUUAGAUGAUUUUGCAGGUUCAGAUAAAUGAAGUUUUACUCUAGUCACUUUUGAAGUUGUCUUCGAUUUCCUGUGUUUCUGUAUUUUUCAAAAUAACUUCACUUUACAAAUUGCCUCAAGAUCAAAUUUAUCACCAGCGUUAUGAGCAAAACAAUUGCUAAAAACUGUAUUUCCUUUAAAAAAAAUCCAAAAAUAUUUUCCGACCAUCCAACAAAUUUUAAAGCUUUAAUGUAUAUUUUGUUCAAGUCACAUUACACUAUGGGUCAACAGGGCAAUGCAACAGUUGUAGUGUAAGUUCUUCCUCUAUUUAGGUGCUAACAUGAGUAAGCAUCAUCUCGCACGUCUACACCGUAGAAACAUUCUUGGCUCACGUGCAUCGUAGCUUCAUACUUGCUGAGCUGCUUUAAACCGUUUGGUUCAUUUAUUAGGGAAACAAAUUCAGCUCUGUACUUCUGCGUACUUUUAUAAAAAACAUGAUAUCAUCUCAUUUGUAUUUGUUAAAAAGUAGUGAAAAAGUAUUGUUAUUUGUGUACGUGCAACCUGCAAUCUGAUAACGAUAAAAGACUAUAACAAUAAUACCACAGUGUGAUUCCUAGGCCGUUGUAUAAAACGUUGAGUUUUCCAUUUGUAAUUGGCCUCUGUUCACAUUCUCAAUGUAUUCUGCCCAGCAAUACAUACAUUUUUGCUAUGAACAGUACAUUUAUAUUGUGUUAAUCAGUGUCUUUUAGUGUUACAUUUUCAGAUAAAUGAUAAUGCAAAUUUAAAUGAUCAAAGUGAAAGUGAAAACAAGUAUAUUGUUUAUAUAUAAUUCGUGUUUGUAAUGUUUGUAUCAAUGUGGAAUAGUCGUCGUCUUCUGCUUGAUGUUAACCAGUAUUAUAUUUUUAUUCUAAACGAUGAAUGCUUUAAUCGCAGUUUAAAUAAAAUGCAAUCGCUGGAUUUUGCGAGGUAUAUUCGACAGGACGAUGUGGUGAAUAUCUCAAACUACCAGUUACGGCCGUGACCUACAGAACGAUCUGGUCAGUUAAAAAUAUUAACGCCUUUCGGCCCAGAAACAGAGUGAGUACUCAAGAUCCUAUAUAGAGCCGCAGUAAUGGUGAUAAAGAAAAAUAUUUAUUUGUGAUUAUUUCUGAGUUACGAGAAAGUGUAUUGCUUGAAGUCUGGAGCAAAUAACGUUGAAAAUAAACGUACAAAUUCAAUAUUAGGGAUAAGAGGAUUCUCAAAUAAUUAAAGAUAUUUUUUACUCGGGUUUUGCUGGAAAGAAUGUAGAAUUUAUCUCGAAUAAAAUAAAAAUUCUAAAAUGAUUUGAGAUUUGUUCGCUGACAGUUCAGUGAAGAAUGAAUUCAGCCGUGAAAACAAUGGAUACUAUUUUAUAAACGUUAAAUCUAGUCAUGAUUAUUCACCUAACUAAAUGUUGUUAUCAACUAUUAUAUUUUAUUUAUUUGUUAAAGAGUUUAAAUAUUUUAUUACUUGAGAAUAGUGGGUGUGUGGUACAAGUGCAAUUCUCAUGUAUUAUGUGUCUGUUUUUUAUGUUGUACCUUGUAUUCUUCUAAUAAUUAUUUUAAGUAAUCAUCACAUAUAAUUUAUGGUGUUUAAAAUGUAAAUGGUAUAAUUUAACCUUUGAAUAUGUGGUAUUGGCUGCUUUGAUUUUAUACAUAUUUUGAACUACUACUUAGUAAUAGAUUUUAUUUUUUCUCACAGCUACUCAUAUAAAUAGAUAUUGUAAGUGAAUUGACUUAGUCUGAUCCGUAUUACGCUGUUUGUUGUUUUCAGUCAAGGUCAGAUUAUGUAAUGAGAAUAUAUAUAGACAAUCAUCCCACACACCUGCGACUUCUGAGUUGCUGUUAGCUUAUGUUGUUACAACUCCUCGAGCGCUGUUGUUGCUUAGUUCCGUAGUGUGCCACUCUACUUGUGCGGAACUGUUAUAAAUACUGAUGCACAAAUAUUCAGUAGUGGUCAUUUCAGUUUUGGCUGCUUCCCUAUAACAAUUUCCUGCAUCGUUUUGUAAAUACAUUUCAGUUGAGACGUCUCCAACGGCAUUACUUUUGGCAGCCGCAGUGAAAAUUGUGUUUCAUCCUAGCCUGUAAAAUUUGUGUUGUAUGUAUCAAUAAAGUAUAAUAUUUUUACAAAUACCCGAACAAGAGCUUUAUAGGUGAUAAACUAUCGGAUCUGUGAGCGUUGAAGUGGACUGUUUUCAAUUUUUAGUCUGUGUCCUUAUUUAACUAUCGGAACUACGUUGUUUAGCUGAACAGUAUUACAUUAGCACCAGUGAGUUGUUCCAAAUGAGUAAGCUGCACAAACCAAUGAGACGAAUGCACAAUAGCACAAAUUUUAUUUGUUAUUCGUUGUUUUAGAACGUAAUGUUUACUGAAAGUGAGAGAGAAAAGUAAAUUGUAUUUAAGUUGUUACUAUUGUACAUAUUUGUAUUUCCAGUGUUGUUGUCAAGAACAUGGUUGUAUGACAAAUGGAAAAGAAUGAGAUGAGCUUUGUUUGAAUGAGACAAAAACAUAUUUUUUUAGAUUACAGAUUUUAGUUGGUUUACAUUAUAUCUAGUAAAUUUAUAGAUUUUAAUUCUGUUAUUUUUUAAAAUGUACGUUUAUUUAUUUAUUACAUAUUGGAUUAUUUGGUAUAUACAUAUAAGCUCAUGAUGUUAAUUCGUUUGUGUAUGUGGAUUUAUUGUUUGCUAUUGAUUUUUUGCUUGGCAUAGUUCAAACAAUGAGUGUUUUCUAAAAAUAAUGAAGAUCAUUAUUUAAAAUAUUAAUUUAAAAGUAGUUGCGUUUCCAAAACAUUACAGCAGAUUAAAAACUUUAUCGUUGCACUAUUUUGAACUUUCAUUUGAGACGAGUUUGUAAUGUUCUGUAUCCGAUUGUCUCCCAAGGGUCCAAAAAGCAUUGUACGUAUCUCAGCCGAGACUGUCGAGUGUGCGUGCGUGAGGUGUGAAGUUAUCGUGUUGUUGUGCCAUCUCUAUAAUCAAAAUACGUGUUAGAGUAGCUCCGUGUCUCGUGACUGUUCAGCACAUUAGCUGCGUGUCCGUGUCACGACCUGUACCUCCCGACAAUGUUUAAAUCUCUGUUUUUAAGUUGAUCUUACAUCUGAACUGAUUUUUUUGACAAUGAACUUUAAUUUUGGUAUGAAUAAUCCAGUUUACAAAGUUUUAAUUAAACACGUCUGUAGUUAUGAAACAGCACGUAUGAGCAUUCAGAAAGUGCAUUAUUUUGUUUGGUGUAAUGAGAGAAGUAGGGAGAAGUGCAUUUGAUAUACGCAUUGAUUCAGAGGCAGUGCGUUUGAUAUACACGUCGAUUCAGAGGCAGUGCGUUUGAUGUACGCAUCGAUUCAGAGGCAGUGCGUUUGAUAUACGCGUCGAUUCAGAGGCAGUGCGUUUGAUGUACGCAUCGAUUCAGAGGCAGUGCGUUUGAUGUACGCAUCAAUUCAGAGGCAGUGCAUUUGAUGUACGCAUCGAUUCAGAGGCAGUACACUUAGUGGUUUCCAGUUUCUAUCUAAUAAUAGGCCACUCGAAAAUACAUUUUGAUUGUAAAGUUCCUGGGUGUAAAUGUUUUGUGGUGAAACCUGACAGCAGUCACAAUGAAUUGUGAAUUUGCCAUUACAAAAACUCUUGUUGGUGUACGAAUAUUGUUAGUUUGUGAGGCAGCUAAAUAUAAUGAUUGCUGAUAUAGUUAUUCUGUGAGUCCAGCAUUGGGUUAAUCUAAUUUUCUAUUUCUAGUUUCUGUUGGUUGUAUUUAAAAAAUUGAGAUUGUAGCUUUUCUUCAUUUUAAUAAAUAGCCUCUCAAUAUUUUUAAUUAUUAUGAACAUAAAGUUAACGUUUAUGUAUUUUUUUCCUCACUGUCAUUUUCAUUAUGAAUUGUUUUUCAAAUUCCCUUUUGGAAAAGGCCAUGAUAAACUUUGAUUGUGCUUCGAAGCUCAUCAUAUUUAUAUUCCUUGUCAAUAUUUAACAAUUGGAAUACUAAUUUCAUCACAAAAAUGAGUUGCAAAAAUAAUUGUGACAGCAGUCGGUACGAGUAAUUUAAAGAGCAGUCGUAUGAUUCUAUAAAUAAUGACAUCCCUCCUCCAUCAUACUACUUCUCUCACUGCACUGAACCUUAAUUCACUUUCUGGAAAAACAGGCAGUAAGAUCAGUCUAGUUUACGAUUGACUCGUUUGAUUGAUAUCGGCAAACAUUGACAAUUAAGAAAGAGAACAUUCCAUUUCUAUAAAUAUUUUGAAAUGCAAUAUAAAUUAAAUCUUCAAUUACUAAUAAUAGAUAUAAUUUUAUUAAAAUAAAGUUACUACUAAUCAUUGUACAUAGUGAAAAGUGUAAUUAAAAAUUUUAUUAAUUUUAAAAACUGCCUCAUUCUAAUAGAAAUGCUUUAAAUUGUGUAACUAAGUUUAGGUUAGUUCAAAAUUUCAUCUGACAUAGCUUUAAAUGGUGCUUAAUUACAGUUUUAUAGUGAUGUUUUAAUACAGAUUUGACUAGACCAUAGUCAUAGUUCUUAGUGACAAAAUCUGUACAAUUUUGAAGCAUUGAUAACUAGUAUUUCUUAUCUAACGUAUCACUCAUGUUAUAUCAGCCUUUUGAUGUUCACAUGUAAAUUUUAAUUGUUUAAGUUAUUUAUUGGCAGUUGUUAUUUAUUUAGUUCUUAGCUAGUUUUUAAGAGCGGAUCAUCUUCUAAACAGAAUUGUUAUAUCAGCAGAGGAUCUAAUUGUUUAAUUCCUCUUGAAUAAAAAGAGUUGUACAGCUUUAUAAUUCGGUUCGGUUGUUGUGUUUUAGUUGGGUUACUAACUGCCUCGGUUAUGGUUUCCAUUGAGUGAUGACUGAUCUGUUCAGUUAUAAUGUGCCAUCAUCAGAUCUGCCCAUCCUUUGGAAUCUGUUGCUUGUUACUAUAUUUUAUCACAUUAGUGUUAGUGUAGAGUUUUCAUAUUAGUUAGUUCUUGAAUGCCUUUACUUACAGUACCUGUGUUGAUUGGACCCAGGGUGGCCGAUGGGAUAGGACAGUCGGGACAACCGCUUAAUAUGUGUGGAGAUGCUGCAAACAUACGCAGGCGUUUGUCGGUUUUUCUUUCUUAAUUCAGUAUGUUUUCAUUUAAUCUUCAUUGACAUUUUAGUCUUCCUUGAAAAAAUGUGCUAGCACAAAAAAAGCUUAUUACCACAAAUAAUUUUUCGAUAAAAUUUAGACAAUAAUAAUGUAAAAAUUUAAUAAAAUCUAUUUCUAUAACAAAACUUCAAAAAAUCUAUUAUUGUACUGGAAUAUUUGUUUGUAUUUCUUUAGUAAUCCUUUCAGUGCCAUGUAUUUUUCCAAAAUAUUAGUCAAAGAUACUAGAAUCUUUUUAAGGUGCUGUACAAUAUUAUCAAGAAAAGCCAUAACUUGUUAUUUAUUUGUCGAAUUUCUUAAUUCCUUACUAAUUUUCAAUAUGUCUUAACAACUGUCUACAAAAAUUAGGAAAUGAUAACACUUUACAAAGUCACUUAAGUGUUUGUGCAUGGUUGAUCGUUAGCUAUUGUGAUUAAGCUAACUUUAUAUAUGUUUAAGGAAACAGUUUAUUUCAUAGAUUUAAAGUCUGGAAAACUAUUUGAUGCAUUUCCUUAAAGCACCCAGCUACGUACACGUAGGUACUGAAAAGGUUACUUAAUCUCUUAGGGAAAAUUUAUAAUUCCGAGGUCAGCACGGAGUGGCCACCCUGUCACGAUAUCCCUGAUCAAUUCAAGUGUAAAAUAUCGCUACGCUUAAGCUCCGAUGUUGUGUUCUCUUCCGUCAGGGAAGUGCUUAUCACAUGCCUGUCGCGGAGAUACAGAUACCCAAAGUAAUAAUAAGUAUAAGGCAGUUACGAGAUAUAUUAUAAAGUUUUGUUGUUAGCAGAGGUAGUGAGUGUUAGCUGUACCCCAGGUCUCACACAUCACUACGUACCGUACGUUACAUCAUCAGUUGUAGUAUUUAUGUAUAUUAUUUCACAUAGUUUCUCCUGUACAGUAUGAUGCGUAACAAAAAGAUAAUAAAAUGCUUUAAACACUC